AUGACACUCGCCGAAACCGUCGAGAUGGGCCGUUCCCUCGAAACCAUCGCGAAGCACAGGAAGAACAACAGUGUGAAACCGGUGGAAGUGAACAAAGUGCAAAAAGCAUCCGGUUCGUCCGCCAAGGGAGAGUGUUACCGUUGCGGUAGACCAGGACAUUUUGCCAACGACAACACUUGCCCUGCGAUCGAACGGAAGUGCAACCGCUGUGGACUGAAGGGACACUUCGAGACGCGGUGCAAGACAAAAACGCCGAGGAAGAAGACCCGUGACGACAACCGGUUGCGGCAAGUGAAGGAAGAUCCGCGGCUAGCGGACUCGGACGACUCUGAUGAUGUGGAGUACGAAAGUGAGGUGUCGGACGAUGAGUGCGUUAAAUACGUGUUUGCUGCCGAACCUGACUGCGGAGAGAAAGUGAUUUGUGAAGUGGGUGGAGUGAAGAUUGAGUGGGUGGUGGACUCCGGUGCCGGAGUUAAUGUGAUUAACCGGGGUACGUGGGAGCAUUUGAAGAAAAACAAAGUGCGCGUUAAGUCCCAGACGACCGAGGUGAAGAAGUCACUGAAAGCGUACGGUGGCCACGCCCUCAACGUAGCUGGAGUAUUUUCGACCGACGUGGCAACCAAGCAGAAGGUAGCGGAAGCGCAGAUCUACGUUGUAGAGAACGGGACGUGCUGCCUGCUCGGUCGUAAGACAGCGACAGAGUUGGGCAUUCUGAACAUCAACACGGCUGUAUGGGCCGUCCAAGGAGCUGACGAACGAAUCGGCAAAAUCAAAGGUGUCGUCGCGAGAAUCCAGGUCAACCCCGAGGUGAAGCCAGUGCAGCAGACACAGUGCCACGUACCAAUACCGUUGCGAGAGAGGACCGAGAAGGAGAUCCAAAGAUUGCUGAGCCAGGAUGUAAUCGAGGAAGCUCCACGGGACUCGCCGUGGAUUUCAAGGUUGGUCGUCAGACCCAAGGUAGGAGAACCUUCCGCAGUGCGACUAUGCGUCGACAUGCGAGACGCAAACCAGGCCAUUGUACCGCAGCACUACCCGCUGCCGACAUUCGACAGCAUCGUGCCACACCUCCACAACUGUAAGUGGUUCUCCAAGAUCGAUCUAAACAAAGCCUUCCACCAAGUCGAACUAGCGGAGGACUCCCGAGAGAUCACGACGUUUGCUGCUCACAAUGGUUAUUUCCGGUACAAGAGGUUGAUGUUUGGGCUGAGCUGUGCGUCCGAGGUAUUUCAAGGCAUUAUCGAGCGGAUGUUGACAGGAUUGCCUGGAGUUAAAGCGUUCAUCGACGACAUUCUCGUUUUCGCGGCCACGAAAAAGGAACACGACGAAAUCCUUCGAGCAGUCCUCGACAGACUCAAGUCCUGUGGCGUGACGAUCAACAGUCGCAAGUGUGAGUUCGGGAAAAACGAGGUUGUCUUCAUGGGUCACAGACUGUCAGCAGAAGGAAUCAGCCCUACCGAGGACAAAGUGGAGACCAUCAAGCGCUGCCGUGACCCGCAAACCUCGGAAGAAUUGCGCAGCUUUCUCGGGCUAGUCAACUACCUGGGAAAGUUUAUUCCCGACCUGGCCACCCUAACUACACCGCUGCGUUCGCUUCUGCGGAAGCAAACACGGUUCACGUGGGGCAAGGAGCAGAAGGCAGCGUUCAGCAAGAUCAAGGCCGUCCUCUCGCACCCAAAGAACCUGGGAUUCUACUCGCCGCUCGACAAGACAAUCGUCAUCGCCGACGCCAGUCCAACUGGCCUGGGGGCAGUGUUGCUGCAGGAGAAGGACAACAUCAAGAGGGUCAUCUGCUACAUAAGCAAGGGACUCUCAGACACCGAACAGAAUUACGCGCAAAAUGAAAAGGAAGCCCUUGCCUUGGUGUGGUCCGUGGAGCGGCUGGAGAUGUAUCUCAGAGGGCUGCGGUUCUACCUGUUAACAGACCAUCAACCGCUCAAAGUUCUGUUCGGUACCAAGCAGAAACCCUGCAGACGGAUCGAAAGAUGGGCCCUACGGUUGCAAUCCUUCCGGUUCAGAAUCGUGCACAUCGCUGGAAAAGCAAACAUUGCCGACCCUCUGUCACGGCUGCCCGAAUUCCAGGAGUGCACUACGUACGACGAGUACGGAGAAUCCAUGCUGUUGGCGAUCGUGGAAACGGCAAGGCCGGAAGCGCUUACGAUGGGAGACAUCGUGAACUAUACUCUGAAGGACGAAGAAUUAGCAGCUGUUAAGAAAGCGUUGAUUUCCGGUCAGUGGACUGAUGCGAUCAAGCGCUACGUGCCCUUCAGAAACGAGCUGAUGGCAGUGAACGAGAUAGUAGUCAGAGGAGAGCGGUUGGUGAUCCCAAAGAACCUCCGAAAGAAAGUCUUGGAGAUCGCGCAUAUCGGACACCCUGGUAUCGAACGUACCAAACAGCGUCUGCGAGCUAAAGUAUGGUGGCCAAACCUGGACAAAGACGCCGAAACUCUAGUACGUUCAUGCCUAGACUGCCAGAUCGUCGGACAACCUGGACCAGCGGAACCUCUCAAAAUACGUGAACUGCCACAAGGACCCUGGAGCUACCUCAGCAUGGACAUGCUGGGACCCCUGCCAUCAGGUGAAUCACUCUUGGUUGUGAUAGAUCUGUACAGCCGUUUCCGUGUCGUGGAGGUUCUCCGACAAACAACAACGACGGAUAUCCUGAAGAAGCUCAAACCGCUGUUCAUGAGGCUCGGUUUCCCGGACACGCUGUUGACGGACAACGCAACGAACUUCUCAAGCCGAGAGAUGAUGGAGUUCUGCAACCUGUACGGCAUCUCACUGCGGCACUCGACUCCGUACUGGCCUCAAGCCAACGGAGAAACGGAAAGGCAAAAUCGGCACAUCUUGAAAACUCUGCGAAUUGCUGCUCACAAAGGGACCGACUGGAAGAGUGAUUUGGACGAGGCAAACUAUGUCUACUCUCUAACACCACAUCCAGCAACAGGCCGCUCUCCGGCUGAACUUGCUUUCGGGAGGAAGUUCAAAGACUGGAUCCCGCAGUUCGGCGCCAGGGACGUGGUCGAGGAUGGAGAAAUACGGGACAGGGAUCACUCGUAUCGAACAGUAGCCAAAGAAUACUACGACAAGCGGCACAACGUGCGCGAAGACACAGUAGCCGAGGGAGACGUGGUGCUGAUGAAGAACCAGACGAAGCAGAACAAGUUAUCCACGCCAUUCAUGCCGGGACCGGGGACAGUGAUCAAGAAGGAAGGAAACAGCGUGGUCGUUGAAACACCUGACGGGAUCCGGUACAGACGAAAUUCGUCUCACGUUAAAAAGAUUCCGGCUCACCCUACAACCCACGAAGAAAUCGAGGAUGACGACGCCGAACCAACGUGGGCCACACCGGAACCGUUGGCGCCUGCUGCGGUCACGACAACACAAGGAGAAGCCGCGGGCAGACCACAGCGAACCAUUCGGCGACCGCUGAGAUUCGAUGAUUACGAUCUGGAGCUUGGACAGGGCGGACACUAA